UGGACGACGACGAGAGUCUCCAGGGUUUUACUCUUCCUCUCCCUUCGAAAACCCAAAUCGAAGGUUUUCAAGUUCCCGCGCUCAAGCUAGCCGUCGACGGUUUUAGAUCAGAAAGACGUUUGUGAUUCUAGGGUUCUGACUUUUCCUUCUCUUCUCGAUGGACGUCGAGAUGGAAAACUCUCCCAGUUAUUUCGACCCUGAAAUUCAUACAAGCAGAGAACAGUUUCGUCGAUGGGGGAAAAGGCACUCAACAUCAAGCUUAUCGCCCCAUCAGGAAAGGUCAGCUUCAAAGUUCAAUGAAGCUGGGUUAUUAUAUGAUGGACAGUCUAUUCAUAGUCCAACUAAUGCUGCUCUUCUGCUUGAGAACAUCAAACAAGAAGUUGAGAGCUAUGAGGCUGAUCAUUAUGAGGGAACGCCUGCUAGGACAUCUGCUUCUAAAAGGAGAUCUUCUAUUGAUAGUCAAGGAAUCUUGGAGGCUGAUGGUGGUAUCGGGUCCUCUCGCCGAUUUGGAAGUCAAUCGUUGAAAGCUUGUAAGCUAGAGGAUGAUUCAUUUGCUGAAAGUGUGGAUACGACCUUUGCUUUGUUUGCAUCUCUGCUUGAUUCUGCCCUCCAAGGAUUGAUGCCAUUUCCUGAUCUGAUUUUAAGAUUUGAAAGAUCAUGUCAGGAUAUUUCUAAGUCAAUCAGAUAUGGAGCCAACAUAAGGCAUCGGGUGGUUGAGGACAAAUUGAUGAGGCAGAGGGCUAAGCUCCUGCUGGAUGAGGCUGCUACCUGGUCACUUCUGUGGUACCUAUAUGGGAAAGUGACUGAAGAGCCCCCUGAAGAACUAAAACUGUGCCCCUCAACAUUGCACUUGGAGGCUUGCCAGUUUGUUGUGAAUGACCAUACAGCACAAUUAUGUCUCCGGAUUGUUCAGUGGUUGGAAGGAUUAGCCUCAAAAACCCUUGAUUUGGAAAGGGAGGUACGUGGAUCUCAUGUUGGUACAUAUUUACCCAACUCAGGAGUUUGGCACCAUACACAACGUUUUCUUAAAAGUGGUGCCUCCAGUACCAACACAGUGCACCAUUUGGACUUUGAUGCUCCAACGCGUGAACAUGCUCAUCAGCUACCAGAUGACAAAAAACAAGAUGAAUCGAUUUUGGAGGAUGUCUGGAUUCUUUUAAGAGCUGGAAGAUUGGAAGAGGCAUGCAACCUCUGCCGGUCUGCUGGACAGCCAUGGAGAGCAGCAACCUUGUGCUGUUUUGGUGGGUUUGAUCUAUCUCCUUCUGUUGAAGCCCUUGUUAAGAAUGGGAAAAAUAGAGUUCUGCAAUCCAUUGAACUCGAAACUGGCAUCGGUCACCAGUGGCAACUCUGGAAAUGGGCUUCUUUUUGUGCAUCAGAGAAAAUUGCAGAACAGGAUGGAGGGAAAUAUGAGGCUGCUGUGUAUGCAGCCCAAUGUAGCAACUUAAAGCGCAUGCUUCCUAUCUGCACUGACUGGGAGUCAGCUUGCUGGGCAAUUGCGAAGUCGUGGCUUGAUGUUCAAGUGGAUUUAGAACUAGCCCGUUCACAACCUGGGAGAAUGCAACAGAUUGAAAGCUAUGCAAAUGGUAUGAAUGAAAGCGGAGGAAAUGUUGAUAGUACAACUCAGCCUUCAGUUGGGCCAGAGAACUGGCCACUGCAAGUUCUGAACCAACAACCACAGCAACUUUCGUCUCUACUUCAGAAACUACAUUCGGGCGAUAUGGUUCAUGAAGCUGUUACUCGAGGAUGCAAGGAGCAGCAACGCCAAAUUGAGAUGAAUCUUAUGUCAGGGGAUAUACCAAAUAUGCUGGACCUUAUAUGGUCAUGGAUUGCACCUUCGGAGGAUGAUCAAGAUGUCUUCAGGCCCCAUGGAGAUCCUCAGAUGAUUCGAUUUGGUGCACACUUGGUGCUUGUUCUUAGAUAUUUACUAGCCGAUCAAAUGAAGGAUCUAUUUAAAGAGAAACUUGUGACUAUUGGUGACCUCAUUCUACGCAUGUAUGCAAUGUUUUUAUUUUCAAAGCAACAUGAGGAAUUGGUUGGGAUUUAUGCUUCUCAACUUGAACGUCACCGUUGCAUAGAUCUCUUUGUGCACAUGAUGGAAUUAAGGCUAAAUAGCAGCGUGCAUGUCAAGCAUAAAAUCUUUGUUUCUGCUCUGGAGUACUUGCCAUUUUCUCCAGGGGAUGAUUCAAAAGGCAGUUUUGAGGAAAUAAUGGAGAGGGUUUUGUCAAGAUCUCGAGAUAUCAAGGUUGGAAAGUAUGACAAGUCAUCAGAUGUUGUAGAGCAGCAUCGGUUGCAGAGUCUUGAAAAAUCUAUGGUCAUCCAGUGGAUGUGCUUUACACCACCCUCGACGAUUGCUGAUGUUGAAGAUGUUAGUGCUAAACUUUUUUUGCGAGCGUUAAUACACAGCAAUUUAUUGUUCAGGGAGUUUGCCCUGAUUUCUAUGUGGAGAGUGCCAGCUCUGCCGAUAGGUGCACAUGCAUUACUUAGAUAUCUUGCCGAGCCUUUGAAACAGUUUUCAGAAAAUCCUCGGACUUAUGAGAAUUACAUUUCUGAAAAUCUAAAGGAGUUUGAAAACUGGAGGGAGUACUACUCCUGUGAUGCUACCUAUCGCAACUGGCUCCAAACAGAAUUGGAGAAUGCGGAGGUUUCUCCUGUUGAUAUCUCGUUGGAGGAAAAACAAAGAGCCAUUGCUGCUGCCAAAGAAGCACUAAAUUCAUCUUUGUCACUACUUAUGCGAAAAGAAAAUCCUUGGUUGGCUUCUGUUGAAGAGCUAAUUUAUGAACCAGUGGAGGAUUUGUUUCUUGAAUUGCAUGCCACUGAGAUGCUCUGUCUUCCUUCUGGUGAAUGUCUGAGUCCUGAUGCCAACUUGUGCACUGCUUUAACGAGUGCACUUUACUAUUCAGUGGAUGAGGAAGUUGUGUUAUCUCGCCAAUUAACGGUGAAUGUUACUAUUUCAACAAGGGACAAUUACUGCGUUGAGGUUGUGCUUCGCUGUUUGGCAGUAGAGAAUGAUGGACUUGGGUCACAUGAGCUCGGGGAUGGUGGUCUUCUUGCUACUGUUUUGGCAGCUGGUUUGAAGGGAGAGCUUGUCCGAUUCCAAGCUGGCGUUACAAUGGAGAUAUCUCGAUUAGAUGCUUGGUAUUCUAACAAAGAUGGAUCCUUUGAGGGGCCUGCAACGUAUGUUGUGCGAGGUCUUUGUCGUAGGUGUUGUAUUCCAGAACUCAUACUUCGAUGUAUGCAGGUUACUGUUUCACUAAUUGAGUCUGGCAGUCCACCUGAAAGCCAUGAUGAGUUAAUUGAAAUGGUGGCUUGCCCUGAAACGGGGUUUUUCCACUUGUUCAGUCAGCAACAGUUGCAGGAACUUCUAUUAUUCGAGAGAGAAUAUGCAAUAUGUAAGAUGGAGAUUCAGGAGGAACGUUUUUCAUGAUUAAACUGUAAUCAUGAAUACUGUUUUGGGUAUUUCUCUAGCACAAUCUCUUGAAUUUGUAUUAUUGGUAAUGGUUAGGUCUCGUGUUCGACAAUAGAUCCUUAAUUUUUUUUUCUUCUUGCCUUUUGUUUUUGACGUUUGCAGUCUUAAUUGCCUAUGCAUUUGUUAAUUUGAUUUUUGAUGAGGGCAGAUAGAUUAUCUUUUUAUGGUUGUGUCUGCCUGUACCUCCAGAGUAGUCGGUCAGAAGCUGCUAGUUUAUGUCCAUUUGGUUUGUUUUAUGUUUUCUGUUUCUUGUAUUUUCUAUUUUAUGACCUAACUUCUUUUUUUUUUUCC